GUUCGGCCACGGCUCCGCUGAGCUGGAGAACAGUCUCUAUGUUGUCGGAGGUCACACGGCCAUCGCUGGAGUGUUUCCCGCCUCUCCAUCGGUCUCUCUGAAGCAGGUGGAGCGCUACGACCCUCUGAGUAAUAAAUGGACCAUGAUGGCUCCUCUCAGAGACGGAGUCAGCAACGCAGCCGUGGUCAGCGCCAAGCUCAAGCUGUUUGUCUUCGGAGGGUCCACCAUCCACAGAGACAAGGCCUCCAAGGUGCAGUGUUACGACCCCGUGGGGAACCGCUGGCACAUAGCGGCUGAAUGUCCUCAGCCGUGGCGGUACACGGCAGCGGCUGUCUUAGGGAGCCAGAUCUUCAUCAUGGGGGGCGACACCGAGUUCACCGCCGCCUCCGCUUAUCGCUUCGACUGUGAGACCAAUCAGUGGACUCGAGUGGGUGACAUGACGUCCAAACGGAUGAGCUGCCACGCCGUGGCGUCGGGGAAUAAGCUGUACGUGGUGGGCGGGUACUUUGGGACGCAGCGGUGUAAAACUUUAGACUGUUACGACCCGACGUCAGACAGCUGGAACUCCAUCACCACCGUGCCUUACUCUCUGAUCCCCACUGCCUUCGUCAGCACCUGGAAACACCUGCCGGCCUGAGGGGGAGGAGCCAAACACCAGGUGUGGAGGAGGAUCUCUGAGAGUCCAGCAGGACCAACAGGAGACUCUGGAUCAGUCCUGAACUACAGCUUCAUAAUGUGUUUCAAUAAUGUCUUAUCAAUCCUGAAAAUAACCAGACGUGUCAGGAUCAGUCUGCAGAGGGCGCUAAACGACUUGUUCACUCAAAGGUUGCCGAUAUGAAACCGAGAUUUUCACCAGACGGCUUCAAGCCUCUUACAUAGACUCUCUUCUCCCAGACCUGGAGAGCCCCCCCCCCCCCCCCCCGUGGCGUGCAGACAGUCCAUGGUCGUGCAGCGAUGUGACUUAAACUGACUUAAACUACCUUAACUUGACUUUUUCUUUCUUAGUGACUGAACUGGAUCCAGCAGAGGUCUACAUGAGGUCUACUUUUGAUACCACACAUUUGAAACAAUGCGACCUCUUCUUAUUUUAAAGAUGGACGGCAUCAAAAAGAACUGAAACUUCAAAAAACAGCUGCUUCUGUUUCAUCAGCCAAGACAGGUGUGAGGAGAGGAACCCACCAAAACAUCUCAGACAAACUCCUGCACACCUGUCUGAAGCGCAGUGUGCGAGAGAUUCUCUGCAACAAAUGACCCAGCAGACGAAGGGUUAAUGGACUUCUCUUCUGGCUGCCUCAGUGACAAACACUUUUUAAUGUUAUUAGAUUUGUACUUGAAUCAUAUGGAGGCAUCAUGAUGUCACCAGUCUCAUGUUGAGACUCUUGUGUGUGUGUUUGUGGUACAAACAACACAACUCACUUCUUCUUUUUGCCUUUUUGCAGUGAAAGUGUAAAGAGACCUCUGGUAAGCUUUAAGCUUUAGUUCUUUGAACCCUCAGGCAUCAGUUUGAUUCACGACCCUCUGAAGUCACUAAGGACAAAAAUGUCCACUUCC